GUUUUAGGCUUUGCUGUCACAGUACAAAGCAGGAUGUUCCGUUAUGUAUUGUGUUUUGUGUUUGCUGUUGCUUUGUCAGAAGUCAGACAGAAGUGUUUGAAUUGAACUUUAAUGUAAAUAUUAGUCGAUGUUGAUAGUAAAGAACUUUAGUAAUUUUAUACAAAAUGGGUAAACUUAGUUUACAAAUUAAAGCCACGCUAGAAGGACUAGAAGAAUUAUAUACGAAUCAUCCAGAUUACAACUUUCUUUUGAAACUGAAAUGUACAAGUUGUGGGGAAGAAUCCAACAAAUGGCAUGAUGUUUCUGAAGCCGUCACUUUUCCAGGAAAGACAGGAAAAUCUGAGAACAACUAUAUUGCCAAAUGCAAGCUCUGCAGUCGAGAGAACUGUCUUGAUAUUGUCCCAGGAUCUAAUGGCAAAUACACGAAUGAAGACUCAGGGAAGUUUAAAACUAUUGUUUCUUUUGAAUGCCGAGGUAUAGAACCCUUCGAAUUUGCUCCCAGCGAAGGAUGGAUUGCUAAAGUUGAGGAAAGCAAUAAAAUCUUCGAUAAUAUAAAUUUGACUGAGAAAGAAUGGGUAGAAUAUGACGAAAAGAGUCAGCAGUCUGUAGGUGUAUAUGAAUUUGAAUCUAAGUUUGUUCCUUGCAAAUAAAUGUUUUAAAGAGGA